AAUAAAGCUAGUGAGGUUCUGAAUAAGACCAUGGAACCUUGGACUUGAAGUAGUUAGACGAGUAAUCUAAAUUUCCAGCCAAUACCACUGCCUUACAAAUUCUAUUUCCUACAUUAAAUAAGUAAAACAGGCAUGGGAGGGGCCCAGAGAACCACUUGGAGAGCCUCCCAAGCCUGACAAACUGACUUUGAUUCCUGGAUCCUACAUGGUGGACGGAGAGAAAACGGACGCUCUCAAAUUGUCCUCUGAACUCUACUUGUGCUCCAGGGGCACAUGCGCGCCUUCUCCCGCCCCCAUACCUUUUAAAUAUUUUAAAAAGUAGGAACUUAGAAAAGUUAAUUCUCUUAUAAUUAAAAAAAAAAAGAGCUGAGCACGAUGGUACAUACGUGUAAUGCCAAUCUCCCACGAAGGAAGCUGCAGGCAGAAGAGCAGCUUUGAGUUCAAGGAGAGUGCUAGGUAAUAAUCAAAGCCUAUCUGUACCUAGGCUUGAACUCUUGUAGCGCUGGGGAAAGGCGAGAAUGCCAGGCGGAACGAAGGUGCGUGGUACGCCUGGGACACGGAACCUACGGCUGGACGCAAACGGCGCUGGGGGCCGGGCAGGCCGUGCGCAUGCGCAGGCCGGGCGGAGUGCUGCUUGCCGAAUGUCCGGGCUGCGGGCGCUGCUGGGCGUCGGGCUGCUGGUUGCGGGCUCGCGCCUGCCCCGGGUCGCAGGUCAGCAGAGUGUGUGCCUUGCAGGGCCUGCCUGGUGGGGGACGCCGCGCCGGGGCUCGGAAACCAUGGCGAACGCCGCGGUGAAGUACCUGAGCCAGGAGGAGGCGCGGGCCGUGGACGAGGAGCUAUUUAACGAAUACCAAUUCAGCGUGGAUCAACUCAUGGAGCUGGCCGGGCUGAGCUGUGCCACGGCCAUUGCCAAGGCUUAUCCCCCCACGUCCAUGUCAAAGAGUCCCCCUACCGUCUUGGUCAUCUGUGGUCCUGGGAAUAAUGGAGGGGACGGCCUGGUCUGCGCGCGACACCUCAAACUUUUUGGUUACCAGCCAACUAUCUAUUACCCCAAAAGACCUAACAAGCCGCUCUUCACUGGGUUAGUGACUCAGUGUCAGAAAAUGGACAUUCCUUUCCUUAGUGAAAUGCCCCCAGAGCCCAUGAUGGUUGAUGAGCUGUAUGAACUGGUGGUGGACGCCAUCUUUGGUUUCAGCUUCAAGGGUGAUGUUCGGGAGCCAUUCCACAGCAUCUUGAGUGUCCUGAGUGGACUUACUGUGCCCAUCGCUAGCAUCGACAUUCCCUCAGGAUGGGAUGUAGAGAAAGGAAACCCUGGAGGAAUCCAACCAGACUUACUCAUCUCACUGACAGCUCCCAAGAAGUCUGCAGCCCAUUUUACUGGCCGGUAUCAUUACCUGGGGGGACGUUUUGUACCACCCGCUCUAGAAAAGAAGUACCAGCUAAACCUCCCAUCCUACCCUGACACAGAGUGUGUCUACCGUCUACAGUAAGGGAGGUGGGCGGGCAGGUUUCUAAUAAAGGCUUGGUGCCGUCUCUCUUCAAACUGGAGUCUUCUGGC